UCUCCCUCCACUUCUUUUUCUUCUGCCUGUAGCUUUGUCUGGUAAUAUGGUUUUUGUUGUAGUUUCUGUCAAGUCUGCAUGAGGCUUUAUUAGUGAGCAAGAAGUUUUUGAUUUUUGAGAGGAGGUCUACUGCAAAUCUGUCAUGAGCUCCAGCCUGGUGAACUCUUUAGCCAAGGUCUAUGAUCCCAACCCUCUCCACGGUCAGAAGCCUGGUGGAAGGAAGCUUUCUCUCAAUGGAUCAGACAAGUCCCAAGCUUCUUCAUCUUCUUCGUUCUCUCACCAUGAUGCCGCCCUGCGCAGCGUGGAGAGCCGUAUGGACUCCCUGAGCUCUCAAAUGGAGUGUUUGCUCAACAUGCAGCAGACCGUCCUGACCAGGCUGGACGGCCUGUCCCAGGACGUGAGGGGCAUGGGACGUGAUCUGGCCUCCAUGCGUGAGGAGGGCCGUGGUGGUGGUGGGGGUCGUGGUGGUUCAGAGGUGGUGGCGGCGGCGUGCAAGGAGCUGCAGAUGGUGGUGGAGAGGGCCAGUGAGCGGAUGGAGAGUCAGGGGCGAAGGCUGGACGGGGUGGAGAAGCUGGUGGAAGGCACCCAGCAGGUGAUCAGCUUCAUCGGGGAGGUGGUGAAGAGCUCCAGGCUGGUGGAGCUGCUCUUCAAACAGCCUGGAAACAAACAGAACAGGAAGGCAAAGGAUGACAAGGAUAAAUCCAAACUGAGCCAGAAGGGCUUGAAGGCCCAGAAGAAGAGGAAGCCCCCGGACACGUCAGACUCCCUGAAUGAACCUGUGCUGCAGGAACAAGUGGAAAAACUCAACAGGCAGAAUACGGAGCAUUCGCAUGGAAACACGGAGGCCGAAGUCCAAAGAGGAGAGGAUAGGGGAAGUGGAGGACGAAGACAGGAGACGGCAGAGCUGAUCCUGGACGGACCACACGCCUCUGCCAGCCAGCCAGACGAGGACAGGAAGAAGACACCUAAGGAGAGAGAGGAGGCAGAGGAAGGGGGUCGCUUUGAGGAAUCAAAGCCAGAGGAAGAGGGGAAGAAAUUAGAGAAAAAGACAACAGAUGUUAUUCCAGAGCAGACUGGAGGAGGGGAGGAUGAUGGGAAGAAGAGGCGUAAAGGAGAGGCAGAAGUGUCGUCUAAAGCAUCAAAGAGUGUCAUCGCCGACAUUCCCACUGAGAUCUGCAAGACUUCUCUCCUAACACCGGAAAGCUCUGACGAGGUCGGCGACGUGGCCACUUGCAGCAAACGUCGCGUCGCGGAAGAAGACGUGGUGAAGGACGACCUGAAAAAAAGCAGAGUGGAAGACAGUAAGGUGGAAAGCGCUGACGGAAAGUCGGCGGAAGGGGCCGAGCCGCAAGCCUCCAAAUCCGAUGACGUAAAGACGAAGAAGGCGGAAGAGGAAGUGAAGGAGGGAGAGUUAGCAGGGAUGGAAUUUAUCAUAGACUCCAGCCCUCCACCAUCGGCACCUUUUGACCACCGCAUCGUGACUCCCAAACCCCAUCAGAUAGCCACCUAUUACACUAUAAACAGAGACGAGGUCCUGGGAGGGGGGCGUUUUGGACAAGUCCACAAGUGCAUAGAGAACUCAUCUGGUCUGACGUUGGCUGCCAAGAUCAUCAAAGCCAGGAGCCAGAAAGAGAAGGAUGUGGUGAGGAAUGAGAUCCAGGUGAUGAACCAGCUGAACCACUCCAACCUCAUCCAGCUGUACGCCGCCUUCGAGUCUCGCCAUGACAUCAUCCUAGUCAUGGAGUAUGUCGAGGGAGGCGAGCUGUUUGAUCGCAUCAUUGAUGAGAACUACAACCUGACGGAGCUGGACACGGUGCUGUUUAUACGCCAGAUCUGUGAAGGGCUGCAGUACAUGCAUAAGAUGUACAUCCUACACCUUGACCUCAAGCCAGAGAACAUUCUUUGUGUCAGCAGAGCUACAAACAAGAUAAAAAUAAUUGAUUUCGGUCUGGCCAGGAGGUAUAAACCCCGAGAGAAGCUGAGGGUCAACUUUGGAACACCUGAAUUUUUAGCUCCUGAAGUCAUCAACUAUGAGUUUGUUUCAUUCCCCACAGACAUGUGGAGCCUUGGCGUCAUUACUUACAUGCUACUCAGUGGCUUGUCUCCGUUUCUGGGGGACGAUGACAACGAGACACUAAAUAACAUUCUGGCCUGUCAGUGGAACUUUGAGGAGGAGGAGUUUUCGGACAUCUCUGAUGAGGCCAAAGACUUCAUCACCCGUCUGCUGGUGAAGAGCAAGAGCUGGAGGAUGAGCGCUGCGGAGUCCCUCAGACACCCCUGGCUGUCAGACCGGAGUCUGCACUAUCGACUAAAUCUGAAGAAAAACAAGUGCCACUCCACACAUGCUCCUUCUCCAGAGAGCUAGACAGGAAACACUGUGAGGCCCUCAGCAUGCCUCUUGACAAUGUAGGGCCCUGGUGCCCAACACUGGACCAAUGCUGCUUUACCUGUAUGGCUACUGGAUAACUACUCUCUGCCUCGCAUCCUCACAUUACCUCCACAGCUUGUAGUUCUGACCUGUAGCAGAAUAUUGUGAGGUCAGCAGGAAGAAACCUGACCUUUUUAUCCCUGCCUUUGAAGUAGAAACUGCCUGCUAGCAUGGUUACUGUCCGGUAGAGCACAAUACUUCAGACUGAGGCUCCGUAGUUCUGUGGUAUUUAGUGUUUUUUUUGUAGCUGCCAAGGUAAAAAAAUAAAAAAAGACCUGUAUUGAAAUCCAAGAUAUUAGAGACAAAAGGCCUGUAUUACUUGUCACUUCUACAAUUGCCACAUCUCAAAAUGAAAAUCUGCAGUUUUGCAUCAAACAAACACUGUUGUUCUCCCUCUGACUUUGUCAUGUUGUUCUGGUUUGUUGCAUGCUUUGCACUUUUUGGCCUAUUUCUCCAAGAUUCAGCAAACAACACACGAAAUAUAGACUGAAUGUUACUAUUUAAAUAAUAUAUUUUUGUGAAUACAGAUUGUUUUCUUUCUUUUAAUUUACAAGUCUUAUGAAAAUUUUAUUCUUUCUUGAACAUGACAUAAAAAAAUACAUUUAGAAUUUGCUUGAUUUUAAAGUCACAACCUGUUAAUUUAUUUUUUAUAUAACACAGUUCUGCAUAACCUUAUUCCCCUGAAAGUAAGAAUAUCUCAAUGACUGUAAACUUUCUGGUUUGUGCCAUAUUCAGCCCACAUAACUGGUACAUUUUCACUGUAGCCCGGAUUGCCUUCUGUAUGCAUUCAUGCCGCUAGCUUGCCUUUGCUUCGGCAGUUUGGAGUAGCCCUCUCACCUUCCGUGAAGGCAUAACGAACAACAGAAUACUACCUAUGAAUGAUUCAUGUUUAUGACUGGAGUGGAUUCUUAUGUUCAUUUAUUUACUGGUUCAAUACCAGACUGUACUUGAAGUGCAAAGCUUUUACUCAAGAUGGGAUUUUUCUUUUCAGGGGAGACAAACAGGAUUUCAUUUAGUUAUUUAACAUCCUUUAUGUGUAAAUGCACAGUUCAGCUUGAUGGGGUGCCAACGACGGAGCAAAGAAGACGUCAGUCUGUGCAGUAUUGUCCCAUUUUUCAUUAAGUAAUGGAAAGUUGGAUGAAUAUUCGUCACUCAGUUGUUGACUGUUCCAUUUGAAAAUGGAAAAGCUUUGUGAUUUUGAAUACUUGUUUAUUUGAAUUAAUGACUACUUUUUUCAAGUUUUCUUGUGUAAUGAUGAAUAAAUAAAUGUAGAAUAUAAAUAAGCAA